GAUUUAAACAAUAAUGACCCAAAUUUGAUUCUCAAAAAAUUUAAUUCGAAUAAAAUGAACCACUUGUUUUAGUCAAAUACAAAGAAUGGCAACCGUGAACAAAUCUGAGGAACCAAAACAACGAAUUGGAGAAAACUAACAAGACGCUAAUAAAAGUUAUAAAGGUGGAAGGGAUAGUGGCAGACGCGAAAAGCGAAAGAAGUGAAAAAAACAUCAAGAAACAGAAAAUUGUGCAAAAAGGUAAAUUGUUGGAGCGCUGUGAAAUAAUUGAAGUGAAAAUAUUUACAGUGAGUGAAGUUAUGAGUGCAAUGGCGGAUGGUAACAAUGAAUCGAGUGGCGAAAGUAUUAGUGCCGGCAGCAUUACAAUAACUGCACCAACGGAGCACCCAAUUCGAAUCAAUAAAUGGCGCGUUCGUGAAGGUUUCCCUAUAACAUCGUCCCAAGUAAUUUUGCUUUACGAAAUCACAAGCGGCGAUAAUGAUUCGGAAGCCCUAUGCACAAAAACGGUUGCCUCUUCAGUAGCUUCAGCCGAUAAAACAUUACACAAAUUAAAAGCAAAUCGUGUAGGCGUGGUAAAAAAGCGUUUAUUCAAGGAGGGCCAAUUGGUACCACAGGGUGCCACGAUUCUGGAGUUGGCUGAGUGUGCACAUACGACAGUGAUAAAAGACAUGUGUGCUGAUUGUGGUGCGGAUUUGCGCCAAAAUGAAAAUGGUAAUACUUCGGAAGCGUCUGUACCAAUGGUACACUCUAUUCCGGAUCUAAAAGUUACACAAAAACUUGCACAAAAAUUGGGUCAUGAUGAUACCCGACGUUUACUUCAAGACCGGAAGCUUGUACUUCUAGUAGAUCUAGAUCAAACUGUUAUACACACAACUAACGAUAAUGUACCGAUCAAUAUUAAAUGUAUUUAUCAUUUCCAACUUUACGGACCACACUCCCCCUGGUACCACACUCGCCUCCGUCCUGGUACACCUCUUUUCCUCGAGCGCAUGUCACAAUUCUACGAACUACAUAUUUGUACUUUUGGUGCGCGCAAUUAUGCUCAUAUGAUUGCACAAUUACUUGAUCCGGAAGGUAAAUACUUUUCGCAUCGCAUACUUUCGCGAGAUGAAUGCUUUAAUGCAACAAGUAAAACUGACAAUUUAAAAGCUCUCUUCCCCAAUGGUGAUUCUAUGGUUUGUAUAAUCGACGAUCGUGAGGAUGUAUGGAAUAUGGCAUCUAAUUUGAUUCAAGUGAAACCCUAUCAUUUUUUUCAACAUACAGGCGAUAUAAAUGCUCCUCCCGGCUUAUCAAAGCAUGAACUGGACGGCGAAGGUCUUGAUUUUAAGGACUUAAAAAAUCUUACAACAGACCAAGAAAAAAUUGGUGCAGCAGAGUCAGAAAUGAAAGAAAAAGUACCUGACUCUGAGUCCUCGGACGGUAUAUCGGAACGUUCGGAAACAGACACCGAGAGUAAAAGAGAUGAAACAGUUGUAGAUGUUGUUAAAAAUGAUUCACAAGCUAAUACUGAAUCCAUUAAAACAACAGAAGUUGAACCGUCAGUGAACAAAACCAGUGAGGAGUUAGAAGUAGACGAAAAGACUAAUUCUAAUGAGAUAAUGAACUCAAACGAUGAUUGUAAAAAUUUAACGGACGAAAAAUUUGAAAAUGUUGAUAGCAAAGAUGAUCCAGUGGUGGAUGAUGAAUCAGAGUUAACUCCUAAAAUAAAAUUACCUGCUGAUCCGCAACAGCAAAUUGAAAUCGAAGAUCCCGAUGAUUAUCUUAUGUAUUUGGAGGAAAUACUAAAAAAUAUACAUUCAAGAUUUUAUGCCAUUUAUGAUGAAACACAAGAAAUACCGGAUUUAAAGAUUAUUGUACCGAAAAUACGUUCAGAAGUAUUACGGGGAAAGACUUUAGUGUUUUCAGGUUUAGUACCCACCAAUAUGCAGUUAGAACAAUCCCGCGCAUACUUCAUAGCAAAAAGUUUGGGUGCAAAUGUGUCACAAAGUAUUGGACCAGAAACGACACAUCUUGUUGCUGUGAAUUCUGGUACAUUUAAGGUGAACGCUGCCAAAAAGAAUCCAAAUAUUAAAGUGGUUAAUGCAAACUGGUUAUGGACUUGUGCUGAACGUUGGGAGCAUGUUGAUGAGAGACUAUUUCCUUUGGAUCGUAAAACGAAAAAUAGGCAACGAAAACCUCCUGCUCAUUGCCAUAGCCCAGAACAUGUUGUUAACUAUAGCGAUAAAUCGGAAAUAUCACCGUCGAGUAGCGCACAACAGCAGCAGGCAAAAGCGCCUGAAAAAUUCAUUGACACAAUCAAUCCUCUUUUAUCAUUUUCAAAUGCUGACUUGGCGGCUAUGAAUAAGGAAUUCGAUCAAUUCUUUGAGUCGGAUUCAUCCAGUGAAGACGAGCAUAUAAACAUAGAAAAUCCACCUGUGGACAAAACUUUGCGUAAGCGAAGACGUGAGGAAAAAGAACAAGAUCGCACGAGAGAAUUCUUUACGCGUGCGUCCGAUAUAAUAAUAGGUUCAUCGAAGCAUGAUGACGCUGAUAAAAGUACUGAUGGAGAAGACAAUGACGACGAUGAUGAAUCACCAAGCACAAAAUUUCGACGUGGUGAGAAAUUGCCAUCCGACAUAGAAAUGGGCUCCGACUCUGACGAUGGUAGUCAUGGCAAUGAGGACAGUGGGGAUGACGGUGAAUGGAAUAUGAUGGGCGCGGCACUGGAACGUGAAUUUCUUGGACUCGAUGAUUAGUUUGUAAUGUUAAGUUUAAGAGUAAUUUAUUUGAAAUUUGAAUUUUGAGUCAAUUUUAAUUUAAUCCAACUUUUCACAAGCGUAGUAGUUGCGAGUAUGCUUAUAAAGCUUUUAAAUUAUAAAUAAAUGUAUGUGUGCACAUUUGUAACUAUAAGUAUAUAAUUGCAGGCGUAAACUGUUGUUGUAAACUUAACUGAAAGCAAUUUUAAAUGAAUAAACAUUAGGGC